AGCUACUGCCUACAACAUCAAGUCUUGUCGUAUUUCAAUAAACCUGCUAUGCAAAUGACCUUUGCAUUUCAUGCUGCUGAGUCGGCAUAAAAGCAUAACGGGAAAACAUGGCUGAUCCAUCCUAUAGAUGGUUCGAUGAAGUUCCGCCUAGAAAGAAAUUCAAACAACAGCAUAGUGGGAUCCCAAACCACAAUUACCCACAUGAAUCUCGUCAAAGAGUAUGUCCCGUUGCUCUAGAUGAGCUUUUACAAACUGAAACAACAUCUGAGGAAAUCCAGAGGCUGACGUGGAAAUCCUCACUCGAUGGCUUUAAAAGCCACUGUGAGCAUGGGACAAAGCAAGAGUGUAGGAGGAGAUCAAUCGAAAACCGUACAUGCGACAGACUUCAUUUCAAACAUAUACUGAACUCUCACACUGAUAGUCAGCUUGGGGAUUGCUCAUAUCUGAAUACAUGCCACCGAAUGGGGUCGUGCAAAUACAUGCAUUACUGCCUAGAUGCUACUGCCGAAGAAUUGAAGCCCAUAUUGCGCCCAACAUUAUCUAACCCUCUGAUGCUGCAGCGGAAGAAAUUACUUCCACCACAAUGGAUCAAGUGCGAUAUUCGAAAAUUGGACUUUGACGUUAUCGGCAAAUUCACUGUGAUAUUAGCUGAUCCGCCAUGGGAUAUCCAUAUGAGUCUACCAUAUGGUACUAUGACGGAUGACGAAAUGAAAGAUCUUAAAAUAAGCAAAUUGCAGGACCGAGGUUUGCUUUUUCUCUGGGUCACCAGCAGAGCUAUGGAGCUGGGUAGAGAGUGUCUGAUGAACUGGGGCUACGAGCUCGUACAGGAACUUGUUUGGGUCAAGACAAACCAAUUGCAGCGAAUCAUUAGAACCGGAAGAACAGGGCAUUGGUUAAACCAUAGCAAGGAACACUGUUUGAUAGGUAGGAAAGGCAAUGAUCCAUUUUUCAACGUUGGCCUCGACUGCGACGUCUUGGUAUCGGAAGUUCGUGAGACUAGUCGAAAGCCGGAUGAAUUGUAUGAUAUCAUCAAUCGUUUGAGCCCUGGGACACGUAAACUUGAAAUGUUUGGUCGCGAGCACAAUCUACAGCCAGGCUGGCUAACACUAGGCAACCAGUUGAAAGAUUCCAGAAUAUAUGAGCCACAGUUGGUCGAGAGAUACAAUGCAAAAUAUGCAAACCAUCCCAUUCGCCUGUUUUCCCUUCCGCAUGAAUAUCGGUAGACAAGAUAGUAGUACUGUUAGCUGUAGUCAAUAAAAAAAAAAUAUCCACAAAUUCGUUUGCAGGUCCGUAAGCACACAAUUGCAAGUGAGUGGCCAAACUCGCUAAACAGAAAUUUUCUCUCC